AGAGAGAGAGAGAGGGGGAGGGAGGGGGAGGAUGAGUUUCGUUGUGGGUUGUGCUUGAUCUCUCACGCAUCCGAGUUCUUUAGGUAAGCAUUGACCCCCGCUUCCGCAACGAGCUCCUUCUCUGUACUUUCUUGUUUGUUUUCCAGAUCUUGAGCUGGUUUCGCGGGUGCUAUUUGGGGAGACCCUUCGUUUUCUUGUCAUUCCCACGUUGAUUCCCACGUUUGUGACCCUUGUUCGGGUCUCGUUUGCGCCGGGUUGUCUGGUUGGUUCGUUCGUUCGAUUUGGCGUGUUUCGGUCAUUUGGGUUAGUCUUGGAUUUGGAUCUUGCUGGGUGUUGAGGUGGGGUUAGUUUGGUUUCUUGAUUUGGGAGAAAAAUGUUGGGUCGGUCCCCGCUGCUGCGAGCCGGCGGCUUCCGGCCGGAUAAUCUGGGCCAGCACGCGAUGGCGAUGAUAGGCAACCUCUGCUUCACGCUGUUCGUGAUUGGGGUUCUGGUUUUCACCAUAAUCGCCGCGACUUACGAGCCCGAAGAUCCCCUCUUCCAUCCGUCGACCAAGAUCACCACGUUCCUCACGUCCACCACUAAUGCCACUUUCAUGUCCGAUGACACGGUGGUCAAGACCGGCGAGGAUUUCAUGCCCGCGAAUCAGACGGUGUUUGAUAAUUUCAUCAAUGUGACUGACGUCGAGAACCCGGUGACCGGUUCGGCUGAGAUCACGGGUGGGAAUGAGUGUGAGGGGAGUGUCGGCCAGCCGAUCGAUUGCAGGGACCCCGAAGUUUUCCACCUAAUGAUGAAGGCCACGAUAGAGCAGUUUAAGGAUAUACACUUUUACAGGUUCGGGAAGCCUGUUGCGGGAUCCAACGAGAGCACCUGCGAUAUGGCGUGGCGGUUUAGGCCAAAGGAAGGGAAGGCGGCUGCAUUUUAUAAGGAUUACAGGAGGUUUGUGAUUUCCAGGUCGGAGAAUUGUACGCUUAGUGUUGUGAGCAUUGGGGAUUACCAUACGGGUGUCAAUGCUAGGAAGAGGAAGAAGAAUCAGAAACCCGGGUUUGAGAAGCAACCGGCAAAGAAAGAGGAGCAGACUAUAUCUUUGCCCGUUGUUGGGGAAACGGUGAAUGACGCACUUCCGGUGGUUGAGUCCGAGGGGUCGUUCAGUCGCGGGAAGUACUUGAUCUACAUGGGCGGUGGAGAUAGAUGCAAGAGCAUGAAUCAUUAUCUCUGGAGCUUCUUGUGCGCCUUGGGCGAGGCCCAGUACUUGAACAGGACUUUGGUCAUGGAUUUGAGUAUUUGCUUGUCUAAAAUUUACACGUCGUCGAAUCAAGACGAAGAAGGAAAAGAUUUUAGGUUCUACUUUGACUUCGAGCACUUGAAGGACUCUGCAUCAGUGUUGGACCAGGACCAGUUCUGGGCGGAUUGGGGCAAAUGGCACAAGAAAGACAAAUUGAACCUUCACCUUGUGGAGGACUUCAGGGUCACUCCUAUGAAGCUAACAGACGUGCAAGAUGCCUUGAUAAUGAGAAAGUUUGGGUCGGUGGAACCCGAUAACUACUGGUAUAGGGUGUGUGAAGGCGAGACUGAAUCUGUCAUUAAGCGUCCAUGGCAUCUAAUGUGGAAAUCGAGACGGGUGAUGGAUAUUGUGUCAUCAAUUGCGGCAAAGUUGAAUUGGGAUUACGACUCAGUCCAUAUCGAGAGAGGGGAGAAGGCAAAGAACAAAGACCUGUGGCCGAAUCUCGCGGCCGAUACCUCUCCUGAUGCACUUAUCUCAACAUUGAAGGACAAAGUUGAAGAUGGGAGGAACCUUUACAUUGCAACUAAUGAACCCGACAACUCCUUCUUCAAUCCAUUGAAAGACAAGUACUCGACUCAUUUCCUGGACGAGUACAAGGAACUCUGGGAUGAGAAGAGCGAGUGGUAUUCCGAGACCACAAAGCUGAAUAAGGGUGUCCCCGUCGAGUUCGACGGAUACAUGAGGGUUUCAGUUGACACUGAAGUUUUCUUGAGGGGUAAAAAGCAGAUCGAGACCUUUAACGACCUCACAAACGACUGCAAGGACGGUAUUAAUACUUGCAGCACUUCUGCCAGUUGAUAACCAUUGCACUGAAGUUCAAAAGCUUCAUGAUGUCUCCAGAUUGCUGAUUUGUGUUGGCGGAUUGAUCCGGUUCUGCGCAAUGCAAAUGACCUAGAGGAUUGACGAUAAAUAAAAUGAUAUUGGUGAAGCUUUCUCUUUCCACUUGGGUGGUUGGACCUUUCCCUGAGAAGCCAAGAGCGUACAGUGCAUUGCUUGGUGUGAGUUGGAUAGAAGUGCAUGGCAUCUGACAUGGAGAGCUUCUUUGCUUCUUGCAUCUUUUCUCCAUCAACUUGUCACGCAACUUCUUUUUCCUCUUUGGCUGGGAUUAAAACUUCUUAGUUGUGACAUGCUCGACUCACGGAAGGAUAGUUUACUAGGCAGUAUCCGCCAA